AUGUCCGAAACUGCCGAAACCCCAACAAUCAUUGAGGAGAGGGUCUUCAUUGGCAAUUUGCCUUUUACAACGACCAAGGAGGAAUUGGAGGAUCUGAUCAAGGAUUUUGAAUACGAAUCUGUCGAGCUCCCAACCAGGACCGUCAAGAGAGGUAACAAGCGUUUUACCAGACAGUCUGGUUUUGCUUUUGUCACUUUCAAGACAAAGGAGAUUGCUACGGAGGCCAUAGAGGCUUUGCAAGGUAAGACCGUUGGUGAGAGAACCAUCGAGGCCAAGCAUGCAUUGCCGCACGAGCUGACGGAGAGGCCCAAGAAGGAGGCUGUAGUCUCCGAUGAUUCUGAUUCGAAAGAACAAAAGAAGGCCCCCAAGAAGGAGUCCAAGAAGGCAGCAAGAUCCCCCAAAGUCCCUUUGGAUCAGGGAAUACCAUCGGAAACAACCAUCUUCAUAAGUAAUUUGGAGGAAAACGUUGGUCCUAAAACCCUGCGUGAGACUUUUGCUGAAUUGGAACCUGUCUAUGUGACUGUUCCAAAGAAACAGCUCCCAAGGUAUAUCGCGAGGAAGCUGAUCAAGGAAAAUGUCCCCAUUAGAAACCGUGGAAUCGCCUUCGUCAGGUUUGCUGGGCCUGAACAACAAAAAUUAGCUAUUGAAAAAUUCAACGGUACUGAGAUCGAGGGUAAGGUAGUUGAGAUCACGGUUGCUAUUGACCCCAAAAAGGAGGAAGGUGAACAAGCAGAGGAAGGAAAAGAAAACGAGAAGAUUGUCCCAGAAGUCCAGGAAGUUGAAGCCGAGGCCUGA